CCGACGUUUCUGGCAGCGUACCUAAGUAAAAAGCAGGGUUGUGCCUGCCUCCAAAUUCCCAGCUCGCUUCCAGAUGCACUUGCUUUCGCAUGACGCAGGACGACCUGGACAUGGAACGAACAAAUUCUCAUCGGCAGCUGUUGUGCAAACCAUCAUCAGUUGGACCAUUCGGAUGUCUUGCCUCUUCGCGUACAUCCAACGCAUCCCUCCAUCUCGCCUGCCUCGCUUCGAUAUUUGGGCAUGCCUGCUUCGCAAUUGGUAAUCCGGGGUCACCAACUUUGUGUUCUUGCCGACACUGACCUGCACUUCUGAUUAUCGUACCACUUGUCAAGUACCUACCUAGUCCAGGACCUGAGGUAGAUCAUCUAUCCGUCUUGCCUACAUACCUACCUCACAUUAAUUAUAUAGAGUCGAUGCUGCUUCUUGGCUC